GAAGUCGUCAGCGAUGGGUGUCGUCCAAGACAGCGCUAAUGCUACUUCAAAACGUAGCCGUAAUGAUAGUGAUGGCAGUAAUUCCAGUGGAGAGUAUUCUGUCGAACCAAUCCAAUGCAGGUGGCAGGGCUGCCUGCAAUGGUUUGGAGGCGUAGAAAACCUUGGAAAUCAUGUUUCCAAAGUACAUACUAUUGCACGAGAAGACGGAAUGUUCUAUUGUGGUUGGGAUACCUGCAAGAGAACCAAUGGCUUUAAUGCCAGGUACAAAAUGUGUGUUCAUGUUCGUACUCACACAAAUGAAAGACCACAUAGUUGUUUUCAAUGUGGUAAAAGGUUUAGUAGAGCUGAAAACCUGAAAAUUCAUGCUCGAUCUCAUACUGGAGAAAAGCCUUAUGUUUGUUCCGUACCUGGGUGUGGAAAAAGAUAUUCAAAUUCAAGUGAUCGGUUUAAACACACCAGAACACAUUUAAUAGACAAACCAUAUGCUUGUAAAAUACCUGGAUGUCCUAAAAGGUAUACCGAUCCAAGUUCUCUUAGGAAGCAUGUCAAAACUUAUAAGCACUUUGUACCUAACAAUAUACCUGCUGUUGUUACUCCACCUAUUACUCCUCCUGUUGUUAAAAUGGAGAGUAGCCCAAGUCCUAUGGAGAGGGUUCAAGAAGCUACCUAUUUUGGAGGAGCUCCAAUCGUUCCAGUUGUACCCAUUCCUAUUCACGGUGUCCCGAUGCUCCCGUGGACUGGACUUGUUCACUGGUGGAGUGAACCUUUGCAAGAAGUCCCUCUGGACCUUACUAAGUCUUCUAGAAUACAAACUUAGAUAGGAAUUUAUUAAAAGUUAGGAAGUGUUAGAUAAGAAGUUUUUAAGUAUUUGGGGUCUACCUCAAGAAGUUCUUCCCCACCGUCCAAGACAGACUCAAGGCAGUAGGGGAAUGGAAACAGGCAAGACGUGGCUCCACCAGUAAGGUGCACAGCCGCUUCAAAUUUGCUGUGGUAAAUGUGAUGAAAUCUUAAUGUAAAAAUGGAAGGGUGUUCAUGAAUAAAUCAUAAAAUCCUAGGCAUAGGCACAGACUUCAGGGGGGAAGGUGGCCCCCUCCUCUCCUCCAAUAAAAAUAUUGAGGGGCGAAAAUAUUGUUUAGCUUCCCCAAUAUUUUGAAGUAAAAAAAAUUAAAAUCAGUAACAAAUAGCUCCAUAAAUGAAUUAAGGAAAAGUCGACUACCUUGCUAGGCUAAGGCCUUGAAUUACAAUCUAAAUGUUACAAUUAUUUGAAUUUUCAUUAAUAUUAAAAAAUAGUAUGAUGUAACAACAUUCCUAGGAUUUUAUGGUUCAUUAAACUUUCAUGUGCACCCCUCUAUUUUCUCG